CGCGCUUUAGAAAAGAAUGAAGAAGCAAAACGUCCGUACACUUUCGCUCAUUGUGUGCACAUUUACGUAUUUGCUAAUCGGAGCCGCUGUUUUCGACGCUCUCGAAUCACGGACAGAAAAGCAAAGGAAGGAGGUUUUGCAAGAAAUUGAAAUAAUUGUUAGACGCAAAUAUAACAUUAGCAACGAGGAUUUUCGUAUAAUGGAAACCGUAGUGUUGAAGUCCGAGCCCCAUCGGGCCGGGCGACAAUGGAAAUUUGCCGGAGCAUUCUACUACGCCACAACAGUACUUACAACCAUUGGUUAUGGCCAUUCGACUCCUAGCACUAUUGCAGGAAAGCUUUUUACAAUGUGUUACGCCAUGAUUGGAAUCCCUUUAGGACUAGUUAUGUUUCAUAGCAUUGGUGAACGAGUUAAUAGGCUAAGCAGCGUAAUAAUAAGAUCUGUUAAGUCUUCCUUGCAUUUCCGUCAUAAUGAAGCGUCAGAAUUGGAGCUAAUAUGUGUCGUAACAACCCUAAGUUCGCUUACAAUAGCUGGCGGUGCUGCAGCUUUCUCAAGAUACGAAGGGUGGACGUAUUUCGAUUCAGUUUAUUACUGCUUCAUCACACUGACCACUAUCGGCUUUGGAGAUAUGGUGGCCCUCCAAAAAGACAGUGCCCUUAGUGACAAACCAGAAUAUGUUAUGUUCGCGUUUAUUUUUAUUUUAUUCGGAUUAGCAAUCGUAGCUGCCUCGUUGAAUUUACUAGUUCUACGUUUCGUGACUAUGAACACUGAAGAUGAACGAAGGGACGAAGCUCAAGCAAUGCAAGCCUUGGUCGGGGCCGUUAGGCUAGAGGGCGACGUUAUUACAGCAAAUGGGUCAAUACUAAGUGGUCACAUAGGUCAUCACUGCACCGAAAUAGCAUAUCUUGAACCAGAUAAUACAUCUGUGUGUUCUUUCCACUGUGGAUGCUUUACAACAAGUUCGACACGAAGGUAUGGCUUCAAAAAGUCGCCUUCUCAACUAAGACACCUACUACCAGUAUUACCAAUGCACGAGUUACAUCUCCCCCAAGGUUCGUUGCCACCACCUCCUGCUAUUUUCCCCAAUCAUAGGGCUUCAAUAUGAUAAAUUAUUUAAAAUUUAACGUUUAAUAAUAUAAUAAUUGCUAAUGAAAUGUGAUAAUAAUAACAACUAUUCAUAUUCUUCCCUUAAAACGCCGCAUGUAUUAACGAAGACAGUGCUUCAAACGACAAAAUAGACAAGAUGAGGUCUGAAGAAAGAUGUUUCCGUACUACUAUUAAUGAGUAAGGUGUAAAACAUCCACUAAUGGUCUCUUCUAAAUACAUACCUAGUAGUUAAUGCGAAUACACAAAAAAACAAUCGGCAUCAAAAAAAUAGGGUUUGUUUAUGACAUAAACUUAAUUCUGAAUUUCAACUGAUGAAACGGAGUAUCCUAUUGGUAUGAGUAAUUUUUGUUAAUUUUUUAAAAAUUUUGGAGUUAUUUCCAAAGUAAUACGAAAUGGAUACUAAAAAUAUAUAAAAAAAAGACAGUCAUCCUUAAAUAUAAUAGAUACAUAAUUUCCAGGCUUUGUAGCUUUUUGUACAAUUUUUAAUAUUCAUAUUUAACAAAAGAGAAGUCCCAUUUGUCUAGUAUUUACUACUUCUUUCAGAAUAAUUUCUUGUCUUCCUAUACCUUGUAUAUAAUAUAAUUGCAUGGCUCAUGAAUUUUUUCGCUUAAUCGUUAAAAUGUUGGUAUUAACAUUUGUAACAUUUCAGAUAUACGUAACUAUAAUUAAAAAUUAAUGACUUUAA